AUGAACAAAAUGAGGUUUCUGAACUUUCUGCUCCUGGUCUUCCUGCCUCAGGUCAGGGGUGAGGAUGCAGACCCUCUCUUCAGAGCUGCAGGCAGUGUGAUCGAGCUGGGUUACUGCUUUGGAGUGGACUAUAUUGUGGUUUACAGAUCAGGACCUGAGGGGGACCAGCUGCUUGGGAAUUCCUCUGCAGAGCACACAACCAUCCCACCUCCUGCAGACCUCCAGGGCCGCGUUCGCAUCAACAAAGAUGAGCAGCUGCUGGGGUUGCAGAUCAGCAACCUCACUCACCUGGACUCAGGUAUGUACAGGAGGGAGUGCUGGCAGAACCAAACACUCGUCAGUCAGCAGAUGCAGCAGCUGUCUGUGUGCACCGAGGAGAUUAGUGCUGAGGAGAUCAUCCUGAAGCAGGAAGAAGAAGUGACCGAGCUCAGGUGUAACCACUCCUCCCUUGGUGAGGAGGGGGCGACCGUGCGCUGGUUCAGGGAAAAGUACCCAACCUAUAAGCUGACUCUGGUCCUGGACAGCAGUGUGUCUCUGAUUCCACUGCAGGAGGAGCUGCGAGGCAUCAUGGAGGUCAGAGAGAGCGGGGCGCUGCUCCUGCUCAACAGCGUCGAGUUGAAGACCAAUCAACAUUUUUACUGUUUGGUGAUGAAGGAUAAAAAGUGCACCAGUUUCCAGAACUUGUUCCUGCCUGACCACAGCGAGAGCAGGGAAGUCUUCAUCUCAUUGGGGGAGCGGGUGGUGCUGACCUGCCCCCCCGAAGGGACCAACCACCAAUGGGACACGCCAAUGGGAAGGCUGGACGUCAACACCACUGCGAACAAACACAUGUUUUUAUCUUUGAGUAAGGAAUCACAGGACUUCUCGCUGGUUAUUCCUUCAGUUUCCAGUGAACUUGAUGGGGACUACUCCUGCAUCUCGUCCUCACUGGAGGUCCUGUACACGCUGAUUCUCUGCCCUAAAAAGGAAACGCAAAACAAAGUUCUUGAUGAGGGCAGAGAUGUCUUGCUGGAGUGUGAUGUCAGCAAAGAGACUUCCCAAAGGGUGCAGUGGUACCGCCGUGACUCGGCAGGUAAACAUCAGCUCAUCCACGACUCAGACAACAACAUGGGUCCUGUCCCGUGGGAUCUGACUGGCCGACUGACGCUUUCAGGGAAUAGCACCUUGCUGACAAUCGCCAACUUACAGGAGAGGGAUGGAGGGGUGUACUGGUGUACUGUGUUUGGAGGGCUUGGGUUUCUGGAUGAGCUUGAUUACGAGGAUUACGAUACGGAAUAUACGGAUGAAGUCCUAAGUGAGGGUGAGGGUGAAGGUGAGGGUGAGGGUGAGGGUGAGGGUGAAGUCAUUGAUGAUCCCAUCUGGGGAACAAACAAGUGCGUCUUUAAACAGGAGACCAUUGUGACCCUAACUGUGGAUCCAAAGCCACCAGGAAUUAAAAAGACUGUCCCCACAUCUGAGCCUCCAGGGGAUUCUUCUGCCAAGAUUGGUGUUGGCGUGGGGCUAGGGGUGCUCGCGUUAUUGGUUGCAGUGAUAGUUGUAAUGUUUGUCCUAAAGAGGAAGUCCCAAAAGCCCAGUGAUGCGGCUGCUCGCUCUGCACAAAGCGCUCCCAGUGAUAUAAAACUGGACGUGGACCCUGACUGUGCUGACCCCAUGUUAAACCACAAAGAGGAAAAUGUGGAUUAA